UUAACCACUAUAAAAUUACUAUUCCCUAGAUAAACGGAGACAAAAAAGGUUUCAAACAUUUUUGAAAUUCAUCAUAUGUUAUUACAUGAUUCAAAUAUGUAUUAAAACAGUAUUUUCAAUUUUUUUUUUUUUUUUCAAAAUCUAUGUGUUAUAACAUUAAUUUUGUAAAAUUCUCUUACUUACUAGAGUCGAAGAUAAAAUCAGUAUAAAACUCCGUUCAUUUUUUACAAAAUUACGUCAUGUUAUCUGAUGUCUGACCGAUGAUGGUAGCUUCGCAAUGCUUUCUAAAAAAUACAGAAACGUCUUCUCACGUCUUCCCGAACCAUGUCAAGCGGUAGUAUCGCAAUACUAAAUUUUAACGAAAACAAAAAGGCAAUGUCUAAACGACUUGCUUUACUUUUUUGUUAUUAAAGACUUUGGCCUCAGAUAUAAACAAUGACUGGCAUCGCAUCAUGUAAACUUUGAUUCCUUUAACAAUUACAUUGACAAAACUGAAAACCCCCAAUUAUUAGGAAUACUAUAACCAAAGACAAAACAAUUUUACACCUUUUAUAAAUUCAUCACGACUUCACGAGGUAUAUGUAUAUAGAGUUUACACUGUUUUAAAACCACAUAUUGAUCGUUUUGGUCUGGACCAGCCAAGCCCGGCCCUGAAUAGAAACAAGAGAAUCAUAGGCUUAGAGUCUUGGAAAAACUUUUAUUUAGUUAUGGAUCAAAUUAAGAAAAUUUACUUUAGUAGGUAGCUCUCCUGGUAAUUAUGGUCUGGAAAUUGGUUAGGCUCCCAUUACAUUCUUCAUAGAACUCCUUAAGGAACUCUUCCAUGAACUCGUGCAUUUUCUAUACCCUCCUUCUACCCGCCGGAUAUAUAUAUAUAUAUUUGAACUACCCCAAUUUCUGGAAGAGAUUCCAUAAGUGCGCUAGACCUGAUCAUUCGUCUUGAGACCUGGAAGCAAAUCCAAGGUAGGUGAUAAUCAUCAUCUUCCUAGACAAUUUGAAUGGUAAAACUGAUCGUAAAAAUAUCUUAAGAAACUAAAUUUGUAUCUAGCUGAGUAAGAAAGCCAAAAUUAAUACCUAUCUACUAAACCCCAUAUAUUGUAGAAGCACAAUACUAUUGGUUAAAGUUUAAAAGAUUCUACAUCUAGGUCUAGGUAUGGGAUUCGAAUACCAGGAUAUACAAUUUUUUGCAGAUUACGCUUUAUAAGAGGUUCAUGUUUUAAUUCCCGGAGAAAACAAUUUAUUAAACAAUUAUGUAGACUACAUAAUAAAGAAUUACAAGGGAUUUUCAACAUGGUGCAAGUAAAUCCGGUCAGACGUAGGUUUUCGUAGGAUGGCUUAGGUGAUGCAGUUAGGCAUAGAUCCUCAUAAGACAGAUAGUAUUGUCGGUCGUCGAAUCGUCUAUAUAAUAUUUUUCAUAAUUGUAAUAUCAUAAUAAAUCAGCGUUAAAAAAACCUCAUAUAUUUUGCCAGAAAUCAGAAUUGUAUUCAAAUAUAGAUCAAUUGAUCAUUAAUAUAGAUUGAAAGUUUAGAUCGUCACUUUGGAUUUGUUUCCAGGUUUGUUGAAAUCAAUUAAUUCAUUAGGAUGAUUAAAGGAAAUCAAUUCAUUAGAAGGAUAGAAUCAAUCAUUUCGUGAAUAAAUGAUCAAGCUGUCAUUUUACCGUGAUACUUGGGACAAUUAAAUGUUAAGUUUAGUCCCAAAAAAUGAUUAAAAUGUUAAUGUAAUGCAACUAUAAGGUGUCAUAUGUUUUCUUUUGUUAUGGCGUCAUGGCAUCAUGUACUUAUACAAUACGAUAAUUAUGCGUGUUAUGUGAUCGUAAAACGCGAUUCGCUUAUAUUUUGGUCAGCCAUAUCUUACGAUAUAAAUAUUCUAUGCAUCACAAUUAAUUAUCCAACGACGACUAAAAUGGAAACAAUAUCUUAAACAGUACAUAUAUUUCUAUAAAUUUGCAACACAUGACACAUAUGGUAGCUAAAGGGUACGUUUGAUAUGGAAUCGUUCCAAAAGUUGUUAAUUAUUUGAAAGUGCAUUUAAUAUCAAAAUUAAUUACCAUAAAUGGAUAAAUUCUCUUUAUUAUUAAAUAUUAACCCAUGAACAACUAUAAAUACCUUUUUAAGACAAACCCUAACGAUAUUUUCCAUCCCUCUAUCUUGUCUUGUCAUGGAAGAAGUAAGACAAACUUUACCGACUACUUUCUUGAAACCUAAUGAACAAUUUCAAAACCCUAACGUGUUGGUUACUCAAACCAAAAAGGAGUUGACAAAACCACGAAACCCUAAAACAAGCCGAGGUCGACAGAAGAUAGAGAUCAAAGAGAUCAAAGAAGAUAGCAAGAGACAUGUAACGUUUUCGAAACGACGCCGUGGGCUGUUCAAGAAAGCCGCUGAGUUGAGCGUUUUGACCGGUGCAAAAAUCGCUGUGGUAACGUUCUCUAAAUGCGGUAGGAUCUACAGUUUUGGGCACGUGGACUCGUUGAUGGACAAGUAUCUUCGCAAGAUUCCGGUGAACUUGGAGGUAUAUUCAGGUGAUGACUCAGCGGAGGAGGGAGGGAGGCCGUGGUGGGAGAGGCCGGUGGAGAGUGUGCCGGAGGAGGAGUUGGAAGAGUACAUUAUGGCGAUGAGUGUGUUGAGAGACAAGUUAGGUAAGAAGAUUAAUGACAUGGGGAGUAUUGUUCCUGCAUGGCCAAUCAACAUGAUGGGUUGGAAACCACAGAUGGAUAUGCAAAGCAUGGGGGAUGUGACUGAUGGGGUUAAUCGAUGCCGUCUAGGUCAAAACGGAUGAUUGAUAUUUAGUAGCCUCGUGGAGUAUUCAUUUAAGUAUUUGAUUUUUAGAUUUGUUGAGUUUAGUAGUUAUAUGAAUUCAUUUCAUUCAGAUUAAUCCUUUUUUUUCUUGUAUUUUUGUUACUUUGAAAGUUAAAUCCAUAUUUAUGUUUUUGUUUAAAUUAUGUUAAGAUUUGCAUCAUAAACUGACUCCAAAGUAUAUAAAGAGCUAAGGGCUUGAUGUAAAUAUCCUUAGCUCAAGCGACAACAUUCUUCUCUUUUAGUUGCGACAGCUUGCAAGUGAACUUCAUGGCUGGAUCUAUAUCCUAUAACAUCCAAGCUUUUAAAAGAUGGAAUCCUAGUCCUCCAAGAUCAUGACCAAUAUUGGAGUAGAAUUCAUAAUAAAGAUGUUAAGCCAAUAGUUCGAGAAAUGAGUCAGUAACAGAUCUCCACAACUUAUCAUCUAUUGGUAUACCAUAGGAUAAAAAAGUUCGCAAAUUCCGCACUGAAUUUCUCACGCGAUGUGUUUCACAAAAGAGAUCAUGAGGAACUUAUGCAAAGUAAGAUGCCACCAUGUGUUGUACAAGAGAGUCCAACGAGGAAGAUAGUGGAGACUAUCCACAAGAUGACGUGAAGCUUAAAAGACGACGUGAUGCAAAUAAAAGAGGGUUUGAUGCACACGUGAGUAUGUUCUAACAAAAAUAAACAAUUUUUUGAAACAAGAACAUAAAUAAACGAAAACGAAACUUUUAACUAUGGAAAAGCAUGCAAAAGUUUAACAAUGUUAUAAUAUUAUAUUUUUAUUUCUUUCUUUCUUUUAAGAACAUUAUGUUUGGAACACAUCCAUGAAAAGAAACGGCAUGGUUCUCCUUUUUUUUUAUUAUUGCUCAAGUAAAGAGAUCUUGAAAA